AGGAGGUACAUAUGAAGCCAAUAAAACUCAGUUGCCAUGUACUAAGUGUUCUGAAUGGUGCAGUUAAACUAGUGUAAUACAAAAAGUGGACAUGAAGUGGAAUCAUGAAGAUGGAAAAUGUUUGUAUUUUGUAUAUUGGAAUCCAAAUAUUCUUCUGGAAAAAUGCAGUAGAGGAGCAAUAUAGCAAUUCAAUCAAGUGUUAAACUUCACAUGGAUUUACAUGCCACAUACCACAUACCUUUGGCCUGCUGGAACACGUUACCCUGUAAAUUUCUGCUAAACAUGCAAGAGGUGCUGGUGCUGUUGGACUUUGAGGGAACAAUGGGGGAUGAAAUGACGAUACGGGCCGGUGAUGUGGUAAAAAAUGUAAACGCGGCCAGUGAGGAGGGCUGGCUGGAAGGAGAGCUCGGAGGAAAACGAGGAAUAUUUCCUGCUAACUUUGUCAAGGAGGUGCCUGUUAGCCUCACAGGAGACAACAACAGGGAACCACGGAGCCUGAGAAAAUCAAGGAUGUCAAAGCACAUGAGCAGAAAAUGUGAAGUGACUUAUGCCUACACUCCAGUACAAAAGGAUGAGCUUGAGCUGGUGCUCGGAGAGACCAUAGAGAUCCUCAAAGAGAUUGAGGAUGGGUGGUGUAUGGGGAAGAAAAAUGGCAAAAUCGGUGCUUUUCCAUCGAACUUUGUUAAAGAAAAUUUCGUCUCUCCUAAAGAAAGCAAGCUGAGUGAAAGCAAGAGUACAGCUAAAGUUUCUGAUGGCAUCGCUACUAAAGAGGGAAUAAAGCAACAGAGAGCAAGUAUUCGCAAAAAGACAAAUGUAAAAGAAUGUUGUCAAGUCAUGUUCGACUAUGUUGCCUUGGCCGAAGAUGAACUGGAUCUAAAGAAGGGAGACAUCGUCUCAGUCAUCAGCAAGGUCAGUGAAGAUGACGGAUGGUGGGAAGGCGAGUUGAACGGUCGGAGGGGCUUUUUCCCUGACAACUUUGUCAUGGUAAUCCCGAUGGACAUGCAUCAAGAAAAAAGCCACCCACCCCAGAGACUUGGCUCACAGAGGCAUUCAGUAAAACAAGCUUCUGGAAUGGACAAAAUCAGCACUGAAGCAAACACAGCAAAGACAGAGACCAAAGAUGAAAAGCCAGAAACCAAAGAUUUCAGAAGUGACCCCCCUGGUAAAAUUAAGCUGCCGGGCAUGUUUAAAAACCCACCACCUCCAGUAAAGGAAAAGCCACCAAAGUUUGUACACAGGCCAAGUGAGGAUCAAUGUCCUGUCUCACCCAAGCCCACAGAGAGUAAGCUCAAAGAUUUAGACCAGUUUGAUGGAGUAGAUGUGUCUUCAUCUAAACUAAACCAUCCUACAGCCAACAGAGCAAAACCUCCACAAAGAAGACCACCCAAAGGACUUGCUCAUGCUUCUAAUGACACCAAGCAGGAUGAGACAUCAGAAGAAGUAGAUGGCGUCAACAAUAAGCUUCUAUCUCCUUUCAAGGACAUAGAAAAUCAUUUACCAGUAAACAAUGGGGUAACCGUAUUACCCCAGCUUUCAACUCAGUUUAAAACCCUAAAUGAGGAUAAGACAACAGAGGCCAAAGACCAGGAGGGAAAAACAACACUGGAACAUGUGUUUGCUGAGCUGAAAGAACUACGCAUGGCACUGGAACUCUUCAAAACCCGUCAUGAAACGGACAUGAAAGAGCUAAAAGAAGAGAUACAAGAGGAAAAAAACAAACGAAUGAAAUUGCAAGAUGAGGUACAGAUACUGAAGAAGCAGAAGUAAAUGUGGAGGACUACGCCACCAUUAGGACUGGUUUAUUUAAGACUGUGAAUAUACAUAUUGCUGCUCUCAGUAAUACUGAAUCAAUGUGCAGUACAUUGAGGACAUGACACGGCUCACGGAGGACAGAGAAGCCUAAAUUGAAAACUGAUGUAUACACAGAUGAAUGACAUAUGUACAUAAUCAUAUAGUUUGCAUGUACGUAUGUUAAUGAGUUAUCUUUAAAGUUUUAUACAUAUUUUUAUGAGGCAAUAGCUGUCAGUCCAAAAUCACUUGACUAUCCUUGUUACAUAAUGAUUUUUUUUGUCCUCAACUGUAUUUGAGUUACAUUUGGGUUGUUGUUGGGUAGUCUUAAUGUUAACAGUUUUGUACUUUGUGCAAUUUUGGAUAUGUACCCUGACACUAAACAGGAUUUUUACUAAAGUGUUACAUGCCUUAUCGAACAUGUAUCAAGGUGGUUUGAGGUGGUUGCAAUAAGAUGAAUGUAUGUAUGGAUCACUGGAUUCUUUCGAAAUUACAAGUAGCCAAUGUGUUAUGGAAUGAGUUGUGUGGUGUAUUUUAAAUGUUGUUACAAAAAAAUAUUUUGGCACCCUAA